AUGGCGCAUCAUGCGCUUGAUCAAGAGGUCCGAGAUACUGCCUCCUCUUCAAGAAAGUAUACAAAAAGAGACAAUCGUAUUGAGUCGCACGACCGUCUUGUUCGAAAUUACUUUGCCGAGGAACCGAAACUUGAUGAGGAUUUUUUUAGAACACGGUUUCGGAUGAGUAGAUGGUUGUUUGUGAAGAUAGCUACGGAUUUGGAAAACAAUUUUGAAUAUUUUCAGAGGAGGUUCGACAGUCGUGGGAAACUUGGGUUCUCGGUUUUACAGAGGUGCACAUCUGUCGUUCGCCAGUUAGGAUACGGUAGUAAUCCCGAUAGUUUAGAUGAUUACUUAAAUAUGUCGGAAAGAUCGUCAUGUGACACCCUAAAUGGUUUUUGUGACGGAGUCAUUAGGUUAUAUCAGCAUGAAUAUUUGUGUAGGCCAACGCGUAAUGAUGUGCAACGCAUUUUUGAUCAUCAUGCGUCUUAUCAUGGUUUUCCCGGCAUGUUAGGGAGUGUUGAUUGUACACACUGGGCUUGGGAUAACUGUCCAGUGGCUUGGCGUGGACAGUACACGAGAGGUGACCAUCACGGGCCGACAAUAUGGCUUGAAGCAGUGGCGUCAUAG